AGGGACACCCUCGCCCUUUUUUCUCCAUUCCUUUCUUUUAUCACUAUUUCCCACGCCCUCUUCUUGCCCUCCUCUGGCUGUCUAUAUAAAGGAGCGGACGCCAGCUGAGCUCCUCCUCAGCUCCAGCUCGCUUUCUUGCCACCAGACCAAAACAAAGCAACAUAGCACCAGGAUGGAUGACAUGGAAGCCGAGUACAACUUCUACUGGGAAACCAAGCGCUUCUUUGAGUCCGAGGAGCUCGACAGCGGUUGGGGAUUGGAUGAGGCUCUCUCAGGCUACUACGACUCGAGCUCCCCCGAAAAUGCCGCGUCCUCCGUGGCCGCGAAGAACAUCGUCAUGGAGAGGAACCGGCGAAGGAAGCUAAACGAAAGGCUUUAUGCCCUCCGAAGUGUCGUCCCCAACAUUACUAAGAUGGACAAGGCGUCAAUCAUCAAAGACGCAAUAGAUUACAUCCAGGAGCUCCAAGAGCAAGAAAGGAAGAUGCAAGCAGAGAUGCCUGCGCUUGAGUUGGGGAAAGAAGAGAAAUCACCGAUUGGCGAAACCGAGCGCGAUGACGUAAACUUCACGCAAAGGAAGAAGAAGAGAUCCUCACGAGGCUCGCCCUUGGCUCCUGGAUCCCCGAGCUUGCCAUCCAUCGAAGUAAUGGACCUCAAAGUUUGUGAAGUGGGGGACAAGACUUUGGUUGUAAGCAUCGCUUGCAAUAGGAAGAGGGACACCAUGAUCAGGAUGUGUGAGGUUUUUGAGUCUCUCAACCUCAAGAUCAUCACAGCAAACAUCACCUCUGUCUCUGGGAGCCUCUUGCACACUCUGUUUGUUGAGACUGAUGAGAUGGAUUGUGCUCGGUUGAAGGAAAAGAUAGAGGGCGCCAUUGCCGAACUUGAUGGCUCCAGAAGCCCAGGGAGUUCAAUGAGUUACUAGAUAGUGGAGAGGACCUGCUAAAGCUAUCCAUGCUUCUGUAGCCCUCUUCGAUCUUCUCUCUUUAUUGUCAGCAAAGGGAAUGGUUCUCGUAUUACUCUCUAGUUAAUUUUUUUUUUCCAGCCUUCUUGGUGUGUAGAGGGCUGUUAUUAGAAAAAAGAUAAGUGUAGGCAUUCGGUAAAUUUCCGUUUUCAAUACUAUUUGUAACGGGCUCUAAAGGAUACUUAACUGGUGUGAUAGUAACUUAGCCUUCUUCUUCAAUAUGAGGAGUGGAUUCUCUUUCCUUAUCA